GUUCAAAAUUUCGUGCUCUCUGGCGCAGAACCUUUAUUUUUGGUUUAGUGUGUUUAGCCGAUCUUCUUUAUGGGGAACACUGUGGUAUAAAAACGCCUCGCCGGAAACGGAACGGCCUCUUCUAGUGAUCCAAGAUGGCGGAACAGGGUGAGAAGAAGGAGAACCCUAUGAAGGAGCUCCGCAUCCGCAAGCUCUGCCUGAACAUCUGCGUGGGUGAGAGUGGUGACAGACUGACCAGAGCUGCCAAAGUGCUGGAGCAGCUCACAGGGCAGACUCCCGUCUUCUCCAAAGCCCGCUAUACUGUGAGAUCAUUCGGUAUCCGCAGAAAUGAAAAGAUUGCUGUCCACUGCACCGUCCGGGGAGCUAAAGCAGAGGAGAUCCUGGAGAAAGGAUUGAAGGUGUGCACCUCACCGGGAAAAUGAAUUGUAGAUUUGUAGAAGCC